AUACAUGAGUCAUGAAUACAAAGAUUACACAAAGUUUGCUCUGCUCAGCUUGGAAAGUAGACAACUGACAAGUCAGUCAUAGUUCAAAUCAGGUAGCGGUUAAAGCACGCAGCGGUAGCAUCGCAAUUCCGGCAAUUCGCAAGUCUGGAGGAGUGAAGGGAUACUGUGACUGGGAUAGUAACCAUGUGAUAAGACUUUUCUAAUCAUUCGCGAGCUGUCUUAGCUGAACAGUGAACACUCGUAACUUCUUCAUUUUUGUGAUUUUUCUCAUGGAGUUGCUCACAUUGAGCGAAAUGUUUCCUAAUAAUUGAUAAUUCAUGUCAUUAAACACUGCUUGAAAUAUAAUCCUGUUUGAUGCAAAUUGCAAUUUAUGGCUGGAUGGAUGGAUGGAUAGAUGUUUGUUGUGGUUCUCUUCGUCAUAUCGCAUUACUCAAACUUCAUUCAAAUGUUUCACUAACAAGGGUACAAAAACUGUGUUUUACGUAUGACAUCGCGCUCAAUUAACACGCUCAUAAUUCCUAGAUGAAGAAUCAACCGUCCAAAAUGGUUGUUCCGGAAGCCAUUCAUAAUAUUAUGGGUGGUAUAGAAAACACCGGGGAUGUUAGACUACACAAUCAUCGUAGAAAAUUGAAACAAAGGUUUGAUAUUAUGAAGAAAUUGGGGCAAGGUACUUACGGAAAAGUGCAACUUGGAAUAAAUAAAGAAACUGGACAAGAGGUUGCGAUUAAGACAAUUAGAAAAUCUAAAAUAGAAACAGAGGCAGAUUUAAUAAGAAUCCGAAGAGAAAUUCAAAUCAUGUCUUCGGUUAGACAUCCGAAUAUCAUUCAUAUUUACGAAGUAUUUGAAAAUAGAGAGAAAAUGGUACUCGUUAUGGAAUACGCUGCUGGUGGAGAAUUGUACGAUUAUUUAAGCGAGAGGAAAGUACUUGUUGAAGAAGAAGCUCGUCGAAUAUUUAGACAAAUUGCAACUGCGAUUUAUUACUGUCAUAAACAUAAUAUUUGCCAUAGAGAUCUCAAGUUGGAGAAUAUAUUACUAGAUGAAGAAGGAAACGCGAAGAUUGCGGAUUUCGGAUUAUCAAACGUAUUCUCUUACUCGUCUUUAUUAUCUACGUUUUGUGGCAGUCCCCUCUAUGCUUCUCCGGAGAUUGUUAAAGGAACACCGUAUCAUGGACCAGAAGUGGAUUGCUGGUCGUUGGGUGUUCUUUUGUACACUUUAGUGUACGGAGCUAUGCCUUUCGAUGGAUCUAAUUUCAAACGGAUGGUUAAACAAAUCUCUCAAGGAGAUUAUUUUGAACCAAAGACUCAAUCUCCUGCUUCGCCUCUAAUUUCUGAAAUGUUGAACGUCAACCCAGCCCGACGAGCUGAUAUUUCUGCGAUUUGUAGUCAUUGGUGGAUUAACGAAAUGUAUUCGGAAGUAUGUUUGGACGUAGCAGAAGAAUUAGCUAGUUUGACUCCUCCGGUCCGUUUAGAUUUGCUGUUGUCUUUGAAUGCACCUCCAGUGAGCAGUAAUAAACUUGUAGUUGAUAAUGAUCAGGCUUCAGCUAACGCUGAAUUGAAUGGCACCUUAGAUCGUCCUGUGAGGUCACAUAGUAUGGGUAGUAUUCCACCACAGGCUACCCCUUCAAACAUCGCUACUCUCGUAUUACCCGAAGCAAAAGAAAGAAAACCAGAAGAACGAAAAUCCAAGUCAGCUAAAAAAGAUCGUACUCAAAGAAGAAAAGAGAGAUCUCGAAGCAGAUCCAGGAAAUCAGAUAGUUUUGAAGAGGCUGAGAAGCUUAGAAGUAAAGAUGAAAAAGAAAGAACGCCUGCUCCUUUGGUUAAUUCUGAAACCCAAGUGAUUACUAAAACUACCACCGAAGUCGCUCCUCCAGUUGAAUCUUCCAAGGAAUCUGCUCUUGUUAAAUCACCUUCGAAGAAGAUCGUUUUACCGGGUAUUAAUGUGGACGGGGCUAGAAAAGAAUUCGAAAGAAGAUCGUCUCAGGUUGGUGCUUCUCCACCCAAAAAACCAUCCAGUGCUGGUCCCAGUCCUUCAGAUGAUGCCUUCUCUCUUGCCUCUACUGUUGCUUUGAAUAAACUAGUCGAAUCUGCGUUCAAAGAUGAACCACCAUUUGAAAGUAUUGCUUCGUUUGAACCUAAACUGCGGAAAGAAGAACAAAAUGAUGAAUUUAUACCCGUUAAGAUGGAAUCCAAUGUGGCCACUGUUGAAACGAAUAAUAAAGCAGCUACUUUACCGAGACGUAAAACAUCCCGAGCAGAAAUUCAGUUGAUGCCACCUCAAUUUCCGCCGGAAAAUUUCAAAACUGAAGUUGAACAUUUUGUUAAUAAGCCCUCAGUUAGUCAUAAAACUGAGGUUGUAAUACCAUUUUCUGCUCCGUUACCACCCAAACCUAUCACCAAACAAGACAAUCAAUCUAAAGAACAUCUAAUCCCAAUUCAAAUCGAAGCCGAAGUACCUAAGAAAAUAUCAAGUCCACAACCUUCUCUGCCUACUUGGCCUUCGAAAUCGAGUAUUGCUAGAACGAUUAGUAGUUCUUCCAGUCUUUCACGUCAAAGUACAGUGGAUUCAGAUAGCGGUAGCACCAUCAGCACCGGCGAACCAAUAAGAAAAUCUCCCAGAGAAGUGAUUAUUCCGAUAGCGGUUGAAGGAGGCGGUUUUGUAACGCCCAACGAAGACACGUUAACAAGGAUGAACUCAGUGAACGAAAACGAAGACAAUAACCGAAGCAGCAGCGGGUGUUUCACGUUACGUAGUACAAAACGUCGCCAACCAGAACAAAGCAGCCAAGGAUCGCAGCUAGACACCGCGGAUAGCUUGAGCUCUGACGAAGACGAUAAUUUCCAAUUAUUGACAGCGGAAAACCUCUUUUCCACUUUACUCUCCAGGGCUCGCAGCUUGACUCAAAGACUAAAUAAAGAUGAAAUGAGAAGAUCGUCCGCAUUUCCCCGUUCAUUGUUCGCUCAGCACAGUUCACUGUUCGAUAAUUUUCCCAGUCGUCGAUUAACAGAGACAAGAUCGUUUAGUCGGCCAGAGAGAGCACCUUGGACGCAUGGACACUCAAACGAUCAACCUCGAAGAGAAAACUCGAUCAAGAAACGAUACUCGAGUAUCAGCGAAGAAAUUCAACCUCGAGAAAUGAAUUUACACGCAACAACAGAUAAAAAGCUCGCUAAUUCUUCGGAAUCCACAUCGACGACGAAAUCGAACGUUGAAAACCCCGUCAACGAUACAUCGAGUAACGAUUUUAAAUCAAACGACGACACCAAAACGGAACAAAAAUACAGACGUGAUUUUUCCAAACCAGUCGAUCUUCCUAGGCCAGCGGAAACAUCAUUGAGAAAAUUAAGCAUCGAGGAAGAAUUCGAUAAAUUUUUCUCCAAAUACCGAAGACCAACGUUAGACCGAUAUAAAAGUCCUUCAGCGGAAAAAUCAAAAAGCGGUGUCGAUUUGAAAUCCUAUUCUAGUGAAUUAAACGGCGUUUCGAAGAAAGCCGAAGAUAACGAUGUCAGCGAAAAAGACGAUUCGUUGAGAGAUAAACCUCCUCAAAGAUCGAGAUUUUUAAGACCGGAUUUUUACAAUACUCCGCCGGAGGAAAGUAAAUACGUUAUAAAAAAUGAAAAAGUUGAUGCUUUCAGAGAACGUGGUUUAUCUCGUCAGAGAGAAUUGUCGCGUAAUAUGUCAACAGAAUCAUUCGCUUUAAAAACGUCACCUUUACACGAUUACGUUCGCAGUAAAACGUGCUCUUUGUCUGAUGAAUUAGAAAACGCCAAGAAAUUGGAUUCUUGUCGACGUACAAUCAGUGAAGAUAAUUGUAAAUUCGAAUUAUCUAAAUCUAGCAGUAGAAGCGAUAUGGUGAACGAGUUUAUAGUGUAUCCCAGUUUGUCUUCCAAAAAGAAAAGUUUAAUUCUACAGAAUGAGCUGGAAAAUGAAAUUAGAAAAACUAGAAACAUAAACUCAAAACUGAGCGGAUUAAUGAUCGUGUUACGCGAUAACGAGAAUCACUAUGAAAAGAAACUAGAAAGGCUGUAUGGACUCAAAUCAAAAUCAGAUUUGGCUGGAAACAUUACUGACGAAUCAACUGCAGGAGUUUCCACCGAGGCAGACCAUGUAAAAAGUAACGGUGUGUCAGAAAACCAAACAAAUGGUGAUGAAAAUUCUUCGCUUAUCGAUAGAAAACUUAAUUUUGAAAAAAAAUACACUACAAAGCCGGAUCGAUUGCAAGAAUUCAGUAAUAUAUCGAAUUCUACCGUCAACAAAGUGAAUUUAGGCGAAUCUAGUAGUAGUAAAAUCAAUAGAGAAAACACCACCGAAACGAACAACGUUGCUAGGAAAAAAGAUAACUUGGCUGAAAAAUUUUCCUUGCUAGAGAAAAAAGUUGCUUAUUUCAAGAAAUUACAAAGUUCUGCGGAAGAAAAAGAAAGGACUGAGAAAAAUGCUCACACCGAGAAAGAUCCUAUUCGAGGAAAUUCCGAUGUGAAAGCAUCCACUUCUGGAACAUCGACUGCUAGUUUUGAUAACCAUACGUCUUCUUUGACUACACCUCCUGACGAAGAAGAUAGUGAUGGAUGUUCGGUAUUUUCCGACGGUGGUAAUGAUUUGCAGUAUUUGGAAAGCAUGAACGAUAGAAUUCGUAGGAGAAGCUUCUACUCUAGAUUUAAUAUUUAUGAACAGAAAUCAACGCCGAAUACACAGAGAAACAAACCAGUUGCGUAUUCUCGAUCAUUGUCGGCAGAUUACAGACAAAAACCAGCCACUUCUUCCGAGCCUAUUACUUGAAGAUCGACUGUUUUAACGUACCUACUCAGUAUUAGAAUUGCGUAGAUUGUUUUUUUUCCUAUUAUUUUUUUUAGCCCCAAUAAUGUUUUUUUCGAAUGAAAUAUUUCGCUGUGAUGCUUCAAAUAACUGAAAUUUUGUCAAAUGUAUUUUUGUAUUGGCCGUCGACAUUUUCGAUAUGUAUUUAUUUGUUACCGUUGAGUUUGUUGUUAUUGUGUUUUUUUCCUAUACUUUUUUAGUCCCAAUGAUAGUUUUCUCGAAUGAAAUUUUGUUUCGCUGUGAUAUUUCGAAUAACUGAAAUUUUGUCAGAUGUAUUUUUGUAUUGGCCGUCCACAUUUUCGAUAUUCGUUUGUUAUUACCGUUGACUUUGUCGUUACUUAUUGAAAAAGUACAAAAAUAAUAAUUUGAAAACUCAAUUAUAGGUAGGUGUACUGUGUACUCAUACUACCAUAAUGGCCCCGUUUCGAUUAUCGUGUAUGUAUACUUCCUGUUUUGUGCGCAUUGAAAAGUUACCUUAUAUUAAAUUAUUUUCUAUAUUUUAUUCAACUAAAAAUGCGGAAGAUUGCUGUAAUAUUAAUUUGAAGCACAUCACAAAUCACCGACAGUAAUUCAAACAUCGGUAAAUUACUAUAGUUUAUAUUUUCUGAUCGUUUGACCAAUCCCAAACACAAGUGUAUCGAGUUACCAUCAAACAUCAUUUUACUAAUAAGUCAACUUCUUCGCCUAAUUUAUGACUGUGAUGGACAAUUUAUGCAUUAUUUUGCUACAUUUUUACCAUCCGUCAAUACAAACAUGCAAUGUUUAAAAAAAUUAAGUUUCAUGAUUUUUUUAUUAGAAACGUAAACUUACCCACCUAUGUAAUUAUUUAUUUCGAAUUAUUUUGUAAUUUUCUUAUUGAAAAUGUUUCAUACGUUUAUUAGAUGGCAGUUAAUCCACUUUAUGUACCUACCGUAUACCUUAUUUAUUUUAACGAGUAUUUUCAUUUCUUUUUUUCAUUCGUCUUGUUUUGCUUUGCAAGUUUGCACGUUAUGAGUACAUAAGUUUUAUUUUGUUUCGUGAGCAUGUGUUUUGUAUACGAUACAUUAUAUACAAUAAGUACUUAAACACAUUUUUCCCUUGAUAGUUAAACAUCUGUUAAUAACUUUUAAUUCUGAGCUAAAUCAUGUAAAAUUAGCAUUAACCAUGUGAUUUUAUUAUUCUAGUUUUUGAUGACAUUUUUUUAUUAAUUAUUUUUCGUUACAAUAAACUUUUUGUUUAUGCUGUGAA